AUGGAAGUUUCCCAUUCCACCAUCCUCCUCAGUUUCUCUUUCUUGCUCUUCCUACCUUCUUCUGAACCAGUUUCCGAUAUCAGCACAUUAGUAUACAAAACCUGUGCAACCCAAACCUUCAACGACCAAUUAUCUCAAUCUUAUUCUCAAACACUCAAUUAUCUCUUCCAACAACUCACCUCACAAUCCUCCCAACACAAGUUCUUCAAAACCGCAGAAACUGUCAACGAUGACACAGCCAUCUCAGGCCUUUUCCAAUGCAGAGAUGACAUAAACAAUGAAGAUUGUUUCAGCUGCGUAAACUUGCUUCCUCAGAUGUCCAACACCUUGUGCAGCGAUUCCACGUCUGCACGGGUACAACUUGACGGUUGCUACAUCCAAUACGGAACCGAAGAGCUUCCAGAAGAAACAAGUGGCGAAUCUAAAACUAGCACUUUGCUUCACAAGGACUGUGGAGAACCCGUUUUGGCGUUUUUCAAAUUCAAUAAGUUGAUGGAUGAGGCAUUUGUGAACCUGGAAAGUGGGAUCUUAAACAGUAAUGGGUACUAUGCAACGAAUUAUAAAUCGGUGAAAUUGAUGGCACAGUGUGAAGGUGAUUCAGACACUUGUGAGUGUAGUAAUUGCGUAAGCGAUGCAGUGCAGGUUGCUAAGGAAGAUUGCCGUAGUUCGCUUUCUGCACAAAUAUAUCUUGACAAGUGUUUUAUAAGUUACAUAUACCAGCCCGAACUAGGUGCCAUUCCUGGCAACUCUAUUCCAGGAGCAAGCGGAAGCAACAACGCCAAUAAGUUAGCAGCAAUAUUUGUUGGAGGGGCCGCAGCUCUGGUUUUGGCUUUUAUUUUUUUAUCAUUGAUUAACGCUCGAUUAAAAAAAGCCGACUAUGAAUAA